AUGUGCCAACCGCCCUCUCAGCAGUCCGUUGGGGCCAUCCUCGGGACCGUAUGGCCCAAUGUCACUGUCGAGAGGCUCCAGCCGAUUCCAUCCUUCGGACCCCAAAGAAUAUAUGAAGUCAUCGUCUCCAACGGCAAGACUCUGAUCCUCGUUCUGCCGCCACCGUCCAUCCUGAGGCUUCUGAGGUCAGAGCAGUUGAUGGUGGCAUCCGAGGCCGUGGUGGUUCGUUGGGUUAGGGCGGCGCUGUCUAGAAACCCGGCUGGGGAGAUGGUAGCGGCUUCCGAUAAAGACACCGAUCUGCUCCGACUCCUCCCGACUCUGAUUCAUUCUUCACAAGAAAGGUCGAACGAGCUUGGAUUCACGUACAGCUUCCUUGAGCCGACUCCGGGUUCGCCUCUUGCGCUCGUCUCCCGUUCGCUUACCUCGUUGGGGCGUGAACGAGUGGACGGACAGAUGGGUCAGCUUUUCCGGCAACUUGCACUGGUAACCUCGCCAUCAGGCAUGUUCGGGCCCGCCGUAGCUGUCCUCAAUCCUUCUUCCCUUCAUCGAACGGAACUUGGAGGCAGUGGCCCGAUGGGGUUCGGCGGAGCGGCGACUUGGACAAUAGCGUUUCAUUCCAUGUUAGAGAGCGUUCUCCGGGACGGGGAGGACAUUGCCAUAACAAUACCAUACUCGGCAAUACGGAGGCAGUUCCAGCGGCUAAGCCACUUCCUCGAUUCGGUCUCGGUCCCACGUCUCGUCGCCGUCGAUGGCACCAACGAGUCGGUAAUAUUAGUGUCCAAACCAGCCGAUGGCGGGAGCGCCCCCCAAACUCUUUUCACGACAAGCAUUAAUACGUCACUGAAGGGAAAGAGCGCAGUCGACAACAACAAUGCUCUCGACGAGAGCAAGUCGAGCCUGAGAGUCUGUGGUCUCCGCGACUGGAGCAACUGCAUUUUCGGCGACCCUUUGUUGGCGACCGUCUUCAGCGAAGGCCCUUCCGAAAGCUUCCUGGAGGGUUUUAAUGGCACAAAGACGGACCCGGGUCCAGCUCAACUCCCGCUGGGCAGGGACAUCAUAGAUGAUGUAGAUUCGGCCGAUGUGAGGUUGAUAAUCUACCAGACAUACCAUGCGACGGUCAGUAUUGUCAGGGAGUUUUACAGGCCCCACGGUGACAGCAGUAGACGAGAACUAGAGGCAAGGAGGAGGUUGAACGAGGUUCUUUCAAGGUUGGUAGAAGUCCAAGCUGACUCCAAGAGGAAGCACCCACGUCCGAGUGGCGAGAUGUCGCCAGCCAAGAGGAUAAAA